AAAAUGACCACAAACAAUGGCAUUCUCGCUUGAAACAGGCGACGAUGACAAUGCAUUCGAGGUCAUCUUCAAUCGUCAACUUGAGCAGAUCGAUUCAACUGAACUGACCGAUCAACAGAUCCAUGCACUCCACGUAAUUUGUGGCCCUGAUAUCUUACUGGCAUCAUUAGAGCUCCUUGAUCAUAAAGCCGUGAGGAAAUUAGUACUCAAGAAUGGACAAGCAUUGUAUGAGGUUCAGGGGAACGAGGCAAUCUAUCACGUACAAUUAGGUUUUAAGGACAGUUGCACUUGUAGAACAUUUAUCGAUGGAGUGAUAAUCAAAGGUCGCCAAACGAUGUGCGCUCACCUCCUUGCAGUUCGAAUCGGAUUCAGACUGGGCUCGAUUGAGACUCAAGAGAUCAGCUUAGAAAAUUUGGUCACUAUCUUCUCGGGCUCAUAAUUUGCUGGCCAAGUGUCUCAAUUCUUAUGUCAAUCGACCUCAUGUUAUCUGAGUAAGCAUAGGUCUAAGAAAAACAUGAGGAGAUGAACCGAUUCCCGUCUUUACGAAAAGCUGAAAAAGAAUGAAUGAUGCAUUUUUUAUUUCUUGUAUCUUUACAUGUUAGAGAAGCGUCUCAUGCAAUGCGGAGUGACAAUACUAGAUAAAAAGGACCACAAUUUUUCC